CCACCCUGGAAUUUCUCCACAUGCCCUCAGGGGGUUGUGCCCCCCAGUUUGGGAACCUCUGAUCUAGAUGGUGCUUGGUUCUGCCGUGAGGGCAGGGGACUGGACUCAAUGACCUCUCAAGGCCCCUUCCAGUUCCAGUGUUCUAGGAUUGCCUGAAGGCUCUGCUGGGCCAUCGGGGCAGAAGCAGCCACCGCAGAAGGGCUUGUGGGUUCACUUCCUGCUCCUCAGGCUUUCUGCUCCAUGGCAAACCCUUCUGCCACCCCCUCUUGCCUUGGCACAGGGAACGAGCCUCAUCCGGAUUUUCUCUCUCCCAGUAGGGGCCAUGGUAGAUGAGGAGAAUCUCUGGCAGGAUGGCCCUGUGGGAGCAGAUCCAGAUGGGGCAUCAUCGAAUGAGGAUGCCUCCAUAGGAGAAGAUGCUCAUGGGAUGCUGCCUGGUGGGAAUGAGUCCAUAGAAGAGGACCAGGAUGGUGUAUUGUCCGAUGGGAAUGAGUCCAUAGAAGAGGACCAGGAUGGAGUAUUGUCCGAUGGGAAUGAGUCCAUAGAAGAGGGCCUGGAGGGGUCAUGGUCUGAUGAGACUUUAUCCCAGAUUCCAGCCCCACUGCAAUCCUCUGAGCAUCCUCCUGGCCUCCAGAUCCCUUCAGCCCUGGAAUCUCCUUGGGAAAAGCCCCCAGGGCUGCCCCUCUCAGUGGCAGGCAGACGCCCCCCCAAGAAGUCCCCUUCCCGGGAAGCGCAGCCAACUAUCUGCAGUGAGUGCGGGAAGAGCUUCACCCGGAGCUCCCUGCUGGCCCAGCACCAGCGCGUGCACACGGGCGAGCGCCCCUACCAGUGCACCGAGUGCAGGAAGAGCUUCAGCCGCAGCUCCACCCUCCUCCAGCACUGGAGGACCCACACGGGGGAGCGGCCGAACACGUGCACCGAGUGCGGGAGGGGCUUCAGCCAGCGUUCGGACUUGGUGAAGCACCAGCGCACCCACACGGGCGAGCGGCCCUACCGCUGCCCCGACUGCCGGCAGAGCUUCAGCCGCAGCUCAGACCUCAUCAAGCACCAGCGUGUGCACACCGGGGAGCGGCCCUACCACUGCCCCGACUGCGGGAAAUCCUUCAGCCGCAGCUCCGACCUCUUCCAGCACCAGCGCACCCAGCGCGGCGAGAGGCCCUACCCGUGCGCCGAGUGUGGGAAGCGCUUCAGCCGCAGCUCCAACCUCAUCCGCCACCAGCGCACCCACACGGGCGAGCGGCCCUACGUUUGCCCCGACUGCGGGCGCCGCUUCUCCCAGAACUCCCACUACACAGACCACCAGCGGAGCCACCGCCGCGAGAAACCCUACCACUGCACCCAGUGCGGCAAGGACUUCGGGCGCAGCUCCACCCUGGUCAAACACUGGCGCACGCACACCCGGGAGAGCCUGACACGGCAGAAGAGAAGACAGAAGGGGUCCGGUGAAAGACAGAGAAAUGUUCCUGGAAGACAGAAACAGAAAUUGAAACUGUCGAGAAAUGGAAUGUUUCCUGUUUGUUUUGAACUUCAGCAUUGAGCAAUGUCAAAAUCUGUCUGCCAGAGCACGAAAGGACCGAGAGCUUCAGC